AUGCUCAUCUAUAUCUCAUCAUGCAACAGCUGUUCUACGCUUGCACGUGGCGGAGCAAUCCCAAUCGGGCCUCUUCCGCGGGCACGGACAUUGCCCGCCCAGGGUCCGCAACUCCAAGUGGCCUUUCGCGAUGGUGAGCGACGCCAAUUACAAUCCAAUCAGCCACGUCGCUCUUUUCGCGACUCACAUUCCUUACACGUCCAGCUCACAGAACUUGGUGUUGCGAAUAGCCUUGCAGCAUUUGGAUCUUACCAUUCAGCUUUCAAGACAGCGUUCAGGAUGAACGGCUUUAGGGAGCAUGGCGACGAUGCGUUUGGACCUGCGAAUGGGGGCAUCGUGUCCAGUUUUGAUGCUUUCCCAAAAACAAAGAAAACAUACCUCGUCCAAGGUCGCAACUCCUCUGGCUGGACAGCCACGCUCAUUCUGACAUGUCUCUACCUCUCUUGGUCCGAGAUCUCCCGCUGGAUGGCUGGCACCACAACGCAGACCUUCUCCGUUGAGAAGGGUGUGUCCCAUGACAUGCAGCUCAACCUCGACAUCAUUGUACAUAUGCGCUGCGCUGAUCUUCACGUCAAUAUGCAAGAUGCUGCCGGCGACCGCACACUUGCCGGUGACCUCUUGCGCAAGGACCCGACCAGCUGGAGCCAGUGGACGGGCAAGAAUCUUGAGUGGGGCACACAUGAGCUAGGCAAGGGGAAAGAGGAUCGCGCGCCGGGCUGGGAGGAAGAAUUUGAUGUACACGAGCAGUUGGGCAAGGCUAAGAAGAGAAAGUUCAGCAAGACACCGCGGGUGAGGGGAGAAACGGAUAGUUGCAGAAUCUUUGGGAGCAUCGAGGGCAACAAGGUGCAAGGAGACUUCCACAUCACAGCCAGGGGACACGGAUACAUUGAGUAUGGCGUGCAUUUGGAUCACAAGACCUUCAACUUCUCCCACAUCAUCCGUGAACUCUCCUUUGGCCCCUACUACCCCUCCCUCACCAACCCCCUCGACAAUACCAUUGCCAUCACCCCGACCCCUGACGACCACUUCUACAAAUUCCAAUACUUCCUCUCCAUCGUGCCCACCAUCUACACCGACGACCCCUCCCUCAUCCCCUACCUCGACAUCCUCAACCGCUACGGCAAAAACCCAGACUUGUUCAACUCGGCCCACGCCGUCAAGACGAACCAAUACGCAGUCACGUCGCAGUCGCACCCCGUCUCGGAGUACUACGUCCCCGGCGUCUUUGUCAAGUUUGACAUUGAGCCGAUUAUGCUGAAUGUGGUCGAGGAGUGGGGCGGGUUUUGGCGGCUGCUCGUCCGCCUCGUGAAUGUGAUUAGUGGGGUCAUGGUGGCGGGCAGUUGGGCGUGGCAGUUGAUGGAUUGGGCGAUUGAGGUGAUGGGGAGGAAGGGGCGGAAGGGAAGGGGUGCGGAUUUGGGGGUUUUGGGGACGCCGGCGAAGGAGAAGGAGGGGUGGGAGUGA